AUGGCCCUUAGUGUUCAUGCAUCAGUGAGAAAGGAAGAAGCUGUUAAGGCCGCAUCUGUGAGGAAGCCUUUUCCGUCUGUUGCCCCUGGUCCGGCUAAGAAGCCGAGGUUUGAGCCGAGUUUCCGUGGUGGAUACCAAGGCUCCGGUUCUAGGCAGAGUUCUGAUCCGUCCAAGUGUCGGAGGUGUGAGAAGCCUAUUCAUCCGGGAAAGGAUUGUGAGGGUGCUGCCAUUGUUUACUUCUAUUGUAGGGAAGCGGGUCACAAGAGUUAUGAGUGUCCCAAGAAUCCGAGGGCUACAGCUAAGCCCCCUGUUCCUCCUAGUCAUUCUGCUCCGCCAAGGAAUCGGGUUUACAGUAUGACUCAUUCCGACGCCGAUGUUCAUCCCGACGUCAUCUCUGGUACCUUUCUUGUUAAUUUUGUCCCUGCUUCUGUGUUGUUUGAUUAUGGUGCUUUUGUGUCUUGUGUGUCUGAUUCUUUUGCCAAGAAAGCUAAUUUGACUUCAAGUUCUCCUGUUCGGACUCUUAUUUCUCUACCUUUUGGUGAGAAUUACCCUUGUUUGGCCCAGUAUUGUGGGGUGCCUAUCUCUGUGUUGGGUAUUGAUCUGCCUGCCGAUCUCAAGGCAUUCUCCAUGGUCGAGUUUGAUGUUAUUUUGGACAUGGACUGGUUGUUCAAGUAUCGUGCUCAGAUUCAUUGCCGCGAUCAAAAAGUGACUCUUCGUAGUCCAUGUGGCAAGCGUAUCUCCUAUAGUGGAGUGGUGUUGAAGAAGGGAGUAAAGCUCGUAUCUGCUCUCAAAAUGCAAAGGCUCCGUCAGAAAGGGGAGCAAGUGUUCCUCUGUAUGGUGAAAGAUUUGACCCAAGAAGCGAAGUUAGAGGACAUCCCUGUUGUUCGUGAGUAUCCGGACGUUUUUCCUGAUGAGCUACCGGGUAUCCCUCCUGAAAGAGAAGUUGAGUUCAGCAUUGACUUAACUCCUGGUACUGCUCCUCUGUCAAAGGCCCCGUAUAGGAUGGCGCCUGCUGAGUUGCAAGAGUUAAAGACUCGGUUGCAAGAAUUGAUUGAUAAGGGAUUUAUUAGGCCAAGUGUCUCGCCGUGGGGUGCUCCUGUGCUGUUUGUCAAAAAGAAGGAUGGGAAUCUGUUUGACCAGCUAAAGGGUGCGGGUGUAUUCUCAAAGAUAGACCUGAGGUCAGGUUAUCACCAGAUUCCGGUGAAGAAGGAUGAUAUUCCUAAGACCGCCUUCCGAACAAGAUAUGGGCACUAUGAGUUCGUGGUCAUGCCCUUCGGUCUUACUAAUGCCCCUGCUGUAUUCAUGGAUCAGAUGAACCGCUCUUUCCAUGAGUUCCUGGAUUCGUGUGUAGUCGUUUUCAUCGACGAUAUCCUGGUGUACUCUAAGAAUGAAGAAGAGCAUGAGAGGCAUCUGAGGUUGAUCUUGGGUAUUCUAAGGCAACAUAAAUGGUUUGCAAAGUUCUCCAAGUGUGAGUUCUGGCUGAAGGAGGUGUCGUUCCUAGGCCAUGUUAUCAGCAAGGAUGGAGUGAUGGUAGAUCCUUCCAAAGUUAGAGCUGUGGUGGAAUGGGAGAGUCCUAAGAAUGUUUCCGAGAUCCGGAGUUUCUUUGGUCUUGCGGGUUACUAUCGGAGGUUUGUCAAGGACUUCUCAAGGAUAGCUCAGCCGUUGACUAAAUUGAUGAAGAAUGAGAGGAAAGUGGUGGCAUAUGCAUCCAGGCAGUUGAAGGUGCAUGAAAAGAAUUACCCUACUCAUGAUUUGGAGUUGGCUGUUGUGGUGGUGUUUACCGACCACAAAAGCCUCAAGUACAUAUUCACUCAAAGAGAUUUGAAUGUGAGGCAGAGAAGAUGGUUGGAGCUAAUCAAGGAUUACGAUCUGCAGCUUGAUUACCAUGAGGGCAAAGCUAAUGUGGUUGCGGAUGCUCUCAACCGUAAGUCGAAGCAUUAUCUUAAUGCGGUUAGAAUUCUUCCCAGAGACUUAUGUGAUGAAUUUCGGAAGCUUGAAAUCGAGGUGGUACCUCGGGGUUCGGUGGAAACUCUCUGUGCUAUGAGUGCCGAGCCUGCCUUGUUCCAAGAGUUGCGAGAGAAGCAGAAGUAUGAUCCUAAGUUGGAAAAGAUCCGUGAAGCUAAGGCUCAGGGCCGAGCCGAAAAUUUCGAAGUCGAUUCCGAGGGAGGUCUAAAGUUUAUGAGUCGUUGGUGUGUGCCUAAUGACUUGGAGCUUAAGAAGAAGAUUCUCGAAGAAGCUCAUUGUACUCCUACUCAGUUCAUCCUGGGGUGA